CAGGAGCGAGAAGCGGACGCAUGGCUCUUUUUUACUGGAAAAUCACCUCCGUUUCCAUGGAUACGCCCGCCACCCGACUCGACAGAGUUUGGACUAAACCUGUAAUGACCCCCUCGGCUCGGCUUCAGAAGGUGCCACAAGGCCACGACACUCUGAGCGCAGGUGUAACGCCGUGAUUCUAGUGAAGCUGUACGGAGUUUAAAAACGCAGUGGAGCACUUUCUGUAUGACCACAUGACAUCACAAGGUGGAACAGACCAUUUGGGAGAAGUCUGAGAGAAGAACUCGGCGUAAAUCUGCAGGGGCCUGCUCACUGAUCUGACCCCGCUGCCUCCUCGCUGUGUUUUGUGAAGAGGCAAAGGUCUGUGUUUUUGGCUCGUCCGACAAUGAUUAACGACGGCAAAAUAAAGGCGAGUUUGAAUCCGGAUCCCAGAUAAGAAGAAGAUCAGGCUCCCCGUCGCGCUCGGAGAAUAUCGAGAGUCUAAAAUAUAGGCCUGGUCGGGAAGCGGCAAAGUGGUGAUUUGCCAUAAGCUGAGGGAGUGGAACGGACUUACCAAAAGUGCAACCCGACGCGAACCUGGCAUUUUCCAACGAUGUGGAUAACGGAGUGAGGACGGAGGAGGAGGAGGAGGAAUUCCGAUUUUUCUUUUUGGGAAACGUCUGAAAAAGAAGAAGAAGAAGCAACUGUUCGGCAAAAAACGACAACGAGACGAGACGAGAACCUGCUGGAAUCUGAGCUGCAGCGAUGGCGUCCAUGGCCCUGGAGCUGAUGGGGUUCUUCUUGGGUUUGUUGGGGACCGUGGGGACGAUGGUGGCCACAGUCCUUCCGUACUGGCAGAUCUCCGCUCACAUCGGACCCAACAUCGUGACGGCCGUGGCCAACAUGCGCGGCCUCUGGAUGGAGUGUGUUUACCAGAGCACCGGGGCCUUCCAGUGCGAAACGUACAACUCCAUGCUGGCUCUCCCCGCCGACCUGCAGGCCUCGCGGGCGCUCAUGGUCAUCGCUCUGGUGCUCUCCGUACUCGCCAUCGCGAUAUCGUCCGUGGGGAUGCAGUGCACGGUUUGUUUGGACGGAUCUGGAGCGGUGAAAAGUCGCGUCGCUGGGACAGGAGGCGGUCUGUUCUUAGCGUCGGGAUUUUUAGCGCUGAUUCCCGUAGCGUGGACGACUCACGAAGUCGUGCAAACGUUUUACCAACACAACGUGCCGCAAAGUAUGAAAUUUGAGAUCGGGGAGUGCCUUUACGUCGGCUUGGCUUCGGCGUUGGUUACGAUGCUCGGCGGCGGUUUGCUGGCGGCGUCUUGCUGCGAAGAGCAAAACGGACGAGGAAGAAGGAACGGCCCGGGGUAUCCUUAUCCCGUAGGGGGCGCCAUGACGGGAACGGGGACCAGAAUGACUUCACAAACGUACAGAAAUCCAACUUCACAGCCGGGAGGACUGAACCCGAGCGGCCGAGGGCAGACGCUGCAGGCGCUGGUGAGGAGCGCCAGCGAAAGCUCCCAGUCGACCAAUCAGAACGCACCACGGAACAAGAAGAACACGGGGUAUGACAUCACCGGGUACGUUUGAGACCAGGACGUCGUGCCAUUUCUGUUUCCUCA